UUUUCCGGCGGAAUUCGAUGUCCGGCGAUGACGUCACGGGCUUUUGUCCGCGCUUUUUCCCGGCAAGUUUUCGCGAACCUUCUCGUUGAAUCGGGAUGAAAGUGACGAUUAAACGUUGGACCAGCGUAGCCUCUUGGCGCUGGAUCGCCAACGACGAUAAUUGCGGAAUAUGCCGAGUGCCCUUCGACGGAUGCUGUCCCGAUUGCAAAAUGCCCGGUGACGACUGCCCGCUAGUGUGGGGCCAGUGUUCGCACUGCUUCCACAUCCACUGCAUCAUGAAGUGGCUCAACUCCCAGCAAGUCCAGCAGCUCUGCCCCAUGUGCCGUCAGGAGUGGAAGUUCAAGGAGUGAUGCGAACGGUGUUCGCUCGUUUUGUCGAAUUAGCUGCUGGCUCGGCUAUACGAGGCAAUUAUUUCACGAAACAGCUUUGUAUUAAAUGCAGUGUGAGGGUAUUGCUGACGAAUAAUUGCUCCUUUUGCCACGUGUGACGCGAGAUUGGUACAGACUGAGCUAAACGUGAAAGAAGCCAAAUUGCAGGGAGAUGUACCAACAAGCCCAAGCUGCUCUUUCUGAGGUGAUCAACAGUGAUCACACGUGCAGGAGCCAACUUUUUGGCACGUGAACUUGUCUUUGUCAAGGAAGCGACUAAGAGAGACUAGACCACCUUUCGAAAUAGGCCCCAGCAGCUGUUUAAUCACAAUAGUUCAGGGAAGAUGUGCAUGAAAAACUGUGGAGUGAUAUGAGUUCUUGAAUAAUUCAUUAGCUGGGGGUAGGUUCGUACGAGCCGGAAUUUACCGUUUCUGUUUGUGAAUCCAUCUGCACCAUGUGCCGGCAUCUCCUGAGCUUAUUUGACUUUAACCACCUUUGAAGGGGUAGAUUCAUUUGCCUUGAUACUGUCAAAUGAUGUUAAUUCAUCAUGAGUGCAUUAAUGUGCGGAAGUAAUGAUUUGAAGGAACAUUUACGGUCAACCUGUUUGUUUGCACAUACUUUUCAAGCAAGGUUGGAGUCGCCUGCCUUAUCCGAACACUUUCAUCAGAGCGAAGUUAGCCUUGAGCUGCCACAUUUGUAGUGACAUAAUGCAGUUAACUCAAGAAAUUGUACAUACCUGUCUUUAUACUAACAGCUAUGAUGUUGCGCUUCAGUCGGUGAGCACUGCAUGUUUGGAGUCAGUGCAGUUGAACCCUGCGUUGUGCAGUACAUGGUGCAUGGAGAAAAACACUAUUGCAGAGAUGGAUACAGAAGUGAGCAGUGAAACUGGCCAUGCUGUACCUUGUAAAUAUGUUGAAUAAACAUUGUGUCAUUUCUG